CGUGUGAGUACGUGAGUGUGAGUGUGCGCACGCUCCUGUGACCACGAGCGCGCUCGUUCCGAGUCCUCGCGGCGCCCUGGCGCGGUCCGGGGCGUCCUCCUCCCACGCCCCGCUGCCCGCAGCUGCUCCGGCGCCGACGCGGUUCGCAGCGCACGGGCGAGCGGGAGGCUCGCGGCUCAGGGCGGGGAGCCUGGCGUCCUGCACCGGAGCCCCGCGGGCCGGGGAGGCGAGGUUUGUGCUGCUGUUUAAAGUUCACCGCUGACCCACGGGAGUGACGGUCGUCUUCUGGCUUGGCCAAAAGCAAGAAGGUACUAUGCAGAGGGAGCCACUAGGACACCUUCCACAAAUGUUCCUGUCCCUCUGAUCCUGUGCUAAGUUCCUUUGGCCACGCCCACUGUCUCUGGAUUGGCUGCGGCCCUGCCCCCUGGCCUCCCAUCAGGCAAAGCGUCUCCCAAAAGCCUGAGCGGCAGAGGCUGCGUGGUGCCGCCAUGUUCUGCACGAAGCUGAAGGAUCUCAAGUUGGCAGGGGAGUGUCCUUUCUCCUUGCUGGCCCCGGGCCAGGUGCCGCAGGAACCUGCAGAGGAGGUGGCCGGAAGUUCAGAGCCCCGAGAGGCCGUGGCGCCCAUCUGCCAGGAUGUUCCCGAGAAGAACAUGCAGGAAAGUCUUCCUCAAAGAAAGACCAGUCGCAGCCGGGUCUACCUGCACACUUUGGCGGAGAGUAUUUGCAAACUGAUCUUCCCAGAGUUUGAACGGCUGAACCUUGCACUUCAGAGAACACUAGCAAAUUAUAAUAUAAAAGAAAGCAGGAACUUCUUGGAGAAAGAAGACUUUGAGAAAAUAAUUGCAGACCAAGCAAUUGCAGCAGGAGUUCCUGAGGAGACCAUCAAAGAGUCUCUGGGUGAAGAGCUUUUUAAACUGUGCUAUGAAGAAGACGAACACAUCCUUGGCGUGGUCGGAGGCACUCUGAAAGACUUCUUAAACAGCUUCAGCACACUUCUGAAGCAGAGCAGCCACUGCCAGGAAGCAGAGAAGAGGGGCAGGUUGGAAGACGCCUCCAUCCUGUGCCUUGACCAGGAUCACGAUUUCCUGAACGUUUACUACUUCUUCCCCAAGAGGACCACAGCUCUGAUCCUUCCCGGUGUCAUCAAGGCAGCUGCUCGCCAGCUGUAUGAGGCCGAGGUGGAGGUGUCCCCAGUGCCGCCCUGCUUCCACAGAGAUUGCACCGAAUUUGUCAACCAGCCCUACUUGUUAUACUCCAUCCGCGUGAAAAGUGCCAAGCCGUCCCUGUGCCCGGGCAAACCCCAGUCCUCGCUGGUGAUCCCCGUGUCACUCUUCUGCAAGACCUUCCCGUUCCACUUCAUGUUUGACAAGGACCUCACCAUCCUGCAGCUCGGCAAUGGCAUCAAGCGGCUGACCAACAGGCGGGACCUACAGGGGAAGCCUCGCUUUGAGGAGUGCUUUGAAAUUCUGACACCCAAAAUCAGUCAGACCUUCAGUGGGAUCAUGACCAUGCUGAACAUGCAGUUCGUCAUUCGAGUGCGGAGGUGGGACAACUCUGUAAAGAAAUCUUCCAGGGUCAUGGAUCUCAAAGGCCAGAUGAUCUACAUUGUCGAGUCCAGUGCGGUCUUGUUCUUGGGCUCGCCAUGUGUGGACAGAUUAGAAGAUUUCACGGGACGAGGGCUCUAUCUGUCCGACAUCCCCAUUCACAACGCACUGAGGGAUGUGGUGCUGAUCGGGGAGCAAGUUCGCGCGCAGGACGGCCUGAAGAAGAGGCUGGGGAAGCUGAAGGCAACUCUGGAGCAGGCCCACCGUGCCCUGGAGGAGGAGAAAAAGAAGACAGUCGACCUCCUGUGCUCUAUAUUUCCCUGCGAGGUUGCUCAGCAGCUGUGGCAAGGGCAGAUGGUGCAAGCCAAGAAGUUCAGCAAUGUCACCAUGCUUUUCUCGGACAUUGUGGGGUUCACUGCCAUCUGCUCCCAGUGCUCGCCUCUGCAGGUCAUCACCAUGCUCAACGCGCUCUACACGCGCUUUGACCAGCAGUGUGGCGAGCUGGACGUCUACAAGGUGGAGACGAUUGGUGAUGCAUACUGUGUGGCUGGGGGGUUGCACAGAGAAAGUGAUACCCACGCGGUGCAGAUAGCACUCAUGGCACUGAAGAUGAUGGAGCUGUCUGAUGAAGUAAUGUCUCCACAUGGAGAACCCAUCAAGAUGCGAAUUGGACUGCAUUCUGGCUCAGUGUUUGCUGGAGUUGUUGGAGUUAAAAUGCCCCGUUACUGUCUUUUCGGAAACAAUGUGACUCUGGCUAACAAAUUUGAGUCCUGCAGCGUGCCACGGAAAAUCAAUGUCAGUCCAACCACCUACAGACUCCUUAAAGACUGUCCAGGCUUCGUGUUCACCCCUCGAUCCAGGGAGGAGCUUCCACCCAACUUUCCCAGUGAAAUCCCCGGAAUCUGCCACUUUCUGGACGCUUACCACCAGGGAGCAAACUCAAAGCCGUGGUUCCGGAGAACCGAGCCUGAUGACAGCAACGCCAACUUCUUAGGCAAAGCAUCGGGUGUGGAUUAGAGAGCCGUGCUCGCCUGUAGUCUGUGGGGGCUGACUCCUUGGAGGGUGCCUGGGACCUUGGAAAGCACUUUAGGGUGACAGAAGGCUGUGAGCAGCAUUAAAUUUUUGGCGCAGGCUCACAGGCCACUUUCUCCCAGUUAACGUGACAGACUCGUGUUCGCUGCAAUAUCGUUUUGGCUGAGAGAAGCCUCAGACAGUGACAUGGGGCUGACUUCUGUUCUGUAGCAGUCACUUCCUGCCUGCACUCGCUGGGAGCUCUGCAUCUGGUCCACAGUCAGGUUGCGUAGCCAGCUCUGCACAGCGACGGCCGCCUGCAUCUCGUGCCAGAUUGUCAUAGUGUAGUCCUGAUAGCAUGGCUGGAAGAGGCUUCGGGAUAGAAACUGCAGUCCCAGCUCUGCGGCCCUUUCCCUCUCCACUCCACGGCUCGUUUUAGUUCCUCAUUUAACUGUUAGCGUAAGUAGGCUGAGCUGGUUUUUCUUUAUUGCCUCUUUUUGCUUUUGCUUCCUUUGUUUGUAGGAAAUAAGCAGUUAGAGGUUAGGUGCACUAUGAUAUAAAAACUACUUCUGUAAAUGUCAAAGAAUAUUACCAGUUUUUAAAGUUACAAAUAUUCUCUAUAAUACAACAUGUCAUAAAAUAAAUAUAUUUUUUGAGUUGACAUUUAUUGUUUUUUAUUCUCCACAGAGUAAAGCCCAUCUCAAUUGACCUUAGAAGUUUAAUUUCUGUUUCUCAUUUAAAUAUCAUAAUUGUAAAAAUAUUCAAAAUAAAAAAGGCUUGUGGGCUAUGUUUAAAUGCAGUACCGAAUCUAAUUUAGUUUAGCCACAAGUGCAAUGGGAUUAAAGUAUCCACCCAGGAAGCUUACCGUAAACCCUAAAUCAGAACAGUGAAGGCUUCAUAUCUGUGUGCGUGUGCGUGUGUUCACGCACGCACACAUAAUUUUAACAUCUUUAGCAGAUGUUCUCAAUUGCCAUUCUGAGCCAUGUUAAGUUCCUAAGAAGAAAAUCUAAUUCCAGAAGUAAAAAUUAAGACUUUAUCAUUUUUGAUAGCUCCUUUUCCUUAAAUACUUGUGCUGACCGUGGUAACAGGAACCCAGAUUUUGUAUUGCCGAGUAGACUUCUGUGAAUUUUUCCGUUGAAAUAUCUUUGAUGAUAUCUUCUAAAGAGACCACUAGUGGGGUAGAAGUGGGAGAAAUUUCUGAACAUUUUUCUGAAGCUUGAACUUUUCUUAUUCUUUCUUUUCUUGGCAUGCCGGUUCCAUGUGUAGAGCCCAGGGCUUUGCACAAACCAAGCUCUCUGAGACUGAGAUAGGGUCUCAGCCAUGAAACCUCAAUGUGUAUGUUUAAUGUUGAUGUCGCUCUAAAUUCUAAGUAAAAAUGUACUGAGUUUGGCUAGGGAAAUGAUUUUACUUUUAAAGAUCAAAUUUAAAAGCAAGAGAAAGAUGAAUGUUACAGUUUUUAAGUCUGUAUUAGCAAAAGCCUAGAGAUACCGACUGACCUGGAGCUCUGCAAACAUCUCAGGCUAAAGUUUCUUUGUAGUCCCAAGCACACCCCGAUGUCAUCAGGAAUGACAGUCACUACUGAGUGACCUCCAGACUCCCAACAAUGCCACUGCACCCAGUCGCACCCCAAUGUCAUCAAGAAUAACAGUCACUACAAGUGACCUCCAGACUCCCAACAGUGCCAUUGCAGAUACUAAGGUGAUUACUGUUCAGUGAAUGAUACUUAGGUUUAUUAAAGGAUGAGAUGUGUUUCAUUAAACAUUCACCUUGUGAUUGGGGUGUGCCAUAGCCCGGGGAAAAUACAUUUUCAUUCUUACGGUGAUGACAAGUUAAAUGAAUAUUUAUGAGGAAAAUAAAAAUGUAAAUGCUUUUCUAGUGAAGCAAUCUAUUACACGGGAAGUAAUUGGAAAUAUAGGAUAUCAGAGUGCAUACAAUAAAAUGUUGUCUUUAUCAAAUACAUUUUUAAGCAGACCCCAGUUUGGUUGCAGGUGAUGACCUGAGAGUGAGUUAGGGAGAAUUUGGAAGCACCUCACAGGGCUGAGAGCGUGGCCCAUGGGUUGAGCAUCUGCCUCAUACCUGUGCAAGGAUGGGCCCCAGCACUUGCCAAAGCAAGCCGUGUCUUCCAUGGGUGUGCGCUGUGUAAUCACACGCAAACAGAACAAAUGGGAAAUGUGUGUAAUCCGGGCACAAACUGUACAAAGGUCGCUUGUUCUACUCCUGCAUCUUUUCUAUCAUUUUGGCAUUUUAUGUAAAUAAAAAUUAUCCAAGAAAUUA